AGUGGCUCAGUUGUCGUUGUGCAGCUCGCAGCGCGGUUUCUAAGUUGAUGCAGUGCAACGCAUUUUGCAACAAUAACAAAAACAGCAACAAGCAACCAAAUUGAAAACGAAAAUUUCUUUUGGUGGCACAUAAAGAAGCAAAAAUCAAUGGCAUAGGCAAAAAUAAUUAUUAUACAAUAAAAAUACUGCAUGUAAGAGCAUGAGCUGUGCCCAAUUGAAAAACUGUGUCACUGGCGCAAUGUCUCUAAAAUGCUGCACUUGCUCAAACCAAUAAAUUCGGCACACAAUUCGCUAUUCGACACCAAUUCAGACUGCCAAUCAGUUGCGAUCGGGCGACAAAAUGGCAACAAUUGAGCUGACAACAACAACAACAACAACGGCAACAGGAUCAUCAAAUGGCAUCAUUUCAUUGGCCGGCAUUAGUCCCUAUGAGGAAGACGUUGAGUAUUUGCGCAAAUUGUUUCGCGAUAAGAAUCUGUUCAACUUUGACAUUGAGCAAAUUGCGUGCAGCGCGGGCAGCAGCAGCGGCGACAAUUACAUGUCCUUGGUGAAGCGUGUCACAAUUUACGAUGCGAGGACAACGAAAGGCGACAGUGAAAUGGCCGUCGCCGCAGCAAGCUGCUCGGUCAUCGUCAAGCGUCAAAUUGCGAGCAUCUCUCGCCGUCAGCUUUACCGUUGCGAGGAGGCGUUCACCAAUGAGAUCAAUGUGUAUAGGCACGUGGUGCCGCUGCUCUGUCGCUACAGUCGCCAACCGCUGUUCCCGCAGUGCCACAUCGCCGCCACAGACGAUGGCAGUCCCAGUGGCGAGCCCAUAAUUGUGCUCGAGGACCUCAAGGCAUUGGGAUUCCGCAUGAAGAACAGAAUGGCUUGCCUGGAGCUGCGACAUUGUCUACUGGUCACUAAGAAACUGGCACAGUUGCAUGCCGCUUCGCUUGCCGCCCAGCAGCUGGAAUCCGCUCAUUUUGCGGAGCAGUGCGCGCACAUGAGCGAAAUUGUUUAUUGCCCGGAUGCGGAGGAUUUUUACUCACGUAUACUGGACACAUCGGUGCAGCAGGCGCUUGACAGCCUCAAUGCCUCCAAUGCGAAUGGUGAACUGUCGACACCCAUUCGCCUUAUUGAGCAGCUGCGACCGAAGCUCUUUGGCCAGCUACAGCACAGCAUCAAUGCGGCGGCAGCAACGCCAUUCAGCGUGGUCUGCCACGGUGACUUGUGGCUGAAUAAUCUAAUGUUUCGCUCGCAACCCGACGAGGUCAUCUUUUUCGAUCUGCAGGCGAUGCGAUGUACCUCGCCCGUCUUUGAUAUACUGCAUUUCAUUUACACCAGCACGCGGCGGCAUUUGCGCGAUGUCCACACGGACACAUUGCUGGCUUCCUAUGCUGAUGCACUGCAUCGGGAGCUGGGCCAGCAGUUGAGGCAUACUCCGGCUGCGAAUCAGUUGGCUGAAUUGUGUGAGACAUUUUCGCUGCAGCGGAUCAGCGAGGACUAUGUGCGUCAUGUGCACUAUGGACUGGCCAUAUCGAUGUGGAUAUUGCCAGCGGUCACUUUCGAUCCCGACAACAUACCCGAUCUAGAUGUGAUAAGCGAACAGAAUCUAAACGGCAAAGAGAUUAACUGUACGCAGAAGCUGACGCCGGAGUACCAUCAGCGGAUCAAAGAAUUGGCGCUGGAGUUCUACGAGCAUGGCUAUCUGGACGUAUAAAUAUAUUUAGUAUUCAUAGUUAUAUAA